UUUAAAACACAUUUCCUCUAGUGGGUAAUUUGAAGAUUUUAACAGCUAUUCAUGUUGUGCUAGGCUGGAUAGCAGAGUGACCCUAUUCUUACAGUGCUCGCCAGGCAAGCAUACCCCGGGGUCACACAGGGGGAGGCGCGUCACAUAUGAUAUAAAAUGACGUAAAAAUAAUGUGACGUCAGAACUAAAUGGUGUUGGAUAUACAAAGUUCAAGAGCUCAGCAUGAAGUUGGUACAGUGUUGUCUUUCAGUCUCUGCUCCGUCAUCCGAUGAUGUCAUCAGUGACGACAUUGUCCAAUGACGUAUAAACGCAGCUGACAUGGUCAGGUCAGGUCAGGUCAGUCCCAUGCCCGGUCCGGGCGUAGGGGGGACCGUCCGGCAGCAGCAACAGACAGAAUUUUCCACCCGGUCCUGUCUUGAGCAGAUGAGAGCAGAUAAUAUGCGCCUACUCGUAGAGCUGAAGGAGAAGACAGGGGCUGAUCUAGAGUUUAACUCAAAGCCAUCACCUGUACCAGGUAUGAAGAUUCUCAUCAUCCGCAGUGUUCCACAGCAAAUCUAGGCUGCAGUCAAGCUCAUCAGUAACAUGUGUGGUGUUAAGGAGACCAUCUCAGACCAAGCCCAGAAACUCUGGCUCCAGUGGGUUGAGGCCGCGUUCCCUAAACUCGACUCACGCGCCUACUUCCUGCCUCCUGUCUACGUCAACCGCGUGCCGAUGACUAGACAGUCGGUUGCUGGUCAGGAAAUUUUGGUACUUGAGUCUGAACCUAAACAGGCUGGUGAGAACAACCAUUCUCCUGUUCAGAACAGUGACAUUAGAGAUGACGAAGCCUUCCAGCGGGUGUUUCUUUAUCUGCAGAAAAAGUCUGAAGAGAACAAUGAAGUUUUAGUUGUAUUGAGUCAGUUUCGCUUUGGACAGUACCUGAGUGAACCUUGCUACGCUGCCGCCACUGCACAGCUACCCAUGGCCAAGAACUUGCCCAACUCUUCGUCAAGAGACAGACAAGGAGAAUUUGAUAUGCUUGUUAUUCACCGACUUUACGGGUUUGUAGUCUGUGAGGUGAAGGCUUUGGGUAAAAACCUUAAAGAAAGUAAGAUGACAGAUUUAGAAUUACAAGAUAAUAUUAGGAAGAAACUGAGAGACGCCGUGUCACAGUUGGACAAGGCGGAGGCCAUGUUGUCUCACCUGGUGUCCGACAUCGCUCCCGGUCUGCGCAUCACUAAGACCAUCGCUGUUCCUAACCUCAAGACCUGUCAAGUACAACAAGCCAUCUCUGGUGAUCCCAAGCUGCUUGAGGACCUGUGUCAGUGUUUAAGAACGAAUCAAGUGGACAUCAUUUGCAGUGAGCAGCUUUCUGAGUCCAAGACACCUCAGGAUGUCAGUAACGAUAUGGAAACUAAUCUCGGAAACUGGUGGCAGCGACAUGUGGCCGGCGCUGAGCCUGACAGUCACAUGACCGAUGUUGUUUACAGGACACUAGUCGCCAGGCGACAACAGUGAGUGUGCCAUGCACAUGUCCUCCA